GGUUAUCGGCAUAUUCCCUCCUUACGAGCUGUCACGCUGACAGCUCGAGAGGAGAGCUGGUAAUCGGCAUUCCUCGGAGGGGACAUCUACGCUGAUCAUCAGGGCACUGAUGAUCAGUGUGCCCUGAUGAUCAGUGUAGCCCCAGCAGUGCCAUCUGUCAGUGUCCAUCAAUGCCAGUUGUCAUUGCCCAUCAAUGCCACCUGCCAGUACCCAUCAGUGCCUCAUCAAUGCCACAUAUCAGUGCCUACCAGUGCACAUCAAUGUCACAUAUCAGUGCCCAUCUGAGCUGCCUUUCAGUGUCACCUAUCAGUGCCAGUCAGUGCCACCUAUCAAUGCCAGUCAGUGCCACCUGUCAGUGCUGCCAAUCAGUGCCGCCUUUCAGUGCCAGUCAUCAGUGUUGCCCAUCAGUGCCAGUCAAUGCUGCCUGUCAGUGCCCAUCAGUGCUGCCUAUCAGUGCC